GUAGGCCGCGGAGCCCGAAAGUAGCGGCAGAAAGGGGCGGAAAAAAAAGGGGACGCUUGGCGAUCCACGCCCCCAAUCCCUGCCCUGUUAUUUCUGCUUGGUUUUUUUCCUCCACGAGUCUCCGGCUAAUCUUCUCUUCUCCCAUCCCUAUUCCAACUUUCUUCCUCAUCUGCUGCCUUCCAUCUGCCCUUCUCUCUGGCUCCCAUAUAUAAAUUCGUCGCUGUAGCUGUCCGACUUCCCCUCCCCUAGUUUCUCAUCAACAACGCUCUUCCCAAGGAAGGACUCCCUCCUUCUUCCCAUCUAAUAUUCUCGAGGAGAGAAAGAUGAUCCAGCUGUUGUUUACGCUGCUGUUAGCGGAGGUGGGGGUGGUGGUGGUGCUGCUGUUCAAGACGCCGCUGCGGAAGCUGGCCAUCCUGGGCCUGGACCGCCUCAAGCGCGGGCGCGGCCCCGUCAUGGUCAAGACCGUCGCCGGCACCGUCCUCAUCGUCCUCGCCUCCAGCGUCUACAGCAUGGCCAAGAUCCGCAGCCACUCUACCGAGAUCGGCUCUCUUACGCCCACCGAUCAGGUCCUCAUGAGCCGCCACCUUCUCGAGGCUUCCCUCAUGGGAUAUUCUCUUUUCCUUGCACUGAUAAUUGACCGACUGCACCAUUAUAUCAGAGAGCUUCGUGGCUUAAGAAAGAACAUGGAGGCUGUGAUGAAACAAAACAGGGCCUUAGAAGAAACAAAAAGUGGGGGUUCAGAUGAGCUAAAAUUGCGAGACAAAGAGAUCACCUAUUUGAAUGAACAGAUUAAACAGCUGAACCUGAAGUUAGAGUCAAGUACAAAGGAGGCUAAGGCAGCAGAAGCCAAUGCAACAGCACUCAGAAAACAAUCCGAAGGGUUUCUUCUUGAAUAUGACCGCCUGUUGGAGGACAACCAAAAUCUUCGAAACCAAUUGCAGUCUAUUGACCUGAGGCUAUCACAGUCUGAUAGCAAGAAGAACCUUUGAGACCAUUGCGAAAUGCUUCACUGUUGAGUCAAAAACUUGAUUUGUCCAAGAGAAUCAUCCAUUUACAUUUUCGAUUGGAUAUGUUUUGGUCCUUUGAUGAGCCAUAAAAGAAGUCACUGAAAAAUAAUCCAUGGUCCGGUUUGUUCUUAGAUAAACAUCACAGUAGUUAUGAUCAAGCAGUCAAACUGUAUGGGUAGGAUGUCAAAAAUGGGUCCAGCAAGGUUCUAUUCAAAACUAGUUAUGAACUAGCUUUCAAUGGAUUACCUAUUGAUGUGCUGUUUUCUA